CCUACCCCCACCGUCGCGAUCUAUAUAAACCCUCUCGCCCUCUCCGUUCCUCAGCAUCACCGCACCUACUCACAGCAGCUCUCCCCAGCCCAACCCAACUCAACACCCGCAAUGUCCGCCUCGAACGCACUCCCCUUCGCCAGCCGUGUCUUGAAGACCGGUGCGCGUGAUAUCAUCGCUCGCGAUCGCGCUCGCGCCCAGAAGCUCCUCGCCGGCGUGCAGCCGCACGGCCCCGCCGCGUUCCACAGCGCAGACCUGCGCAAGCGCGGCGCUGCCCACCCGCAGUUCCUCUCCGCCCGCCGCCACGGCCACCACCACCACCACGAGACCGAGCCCACCGAUCCCGCGCCCACCGAGCCCGGCAAGACCCCGACGGCUCCUGGCGACAACACCGGCGAGACGAUCGACGUCACGGACGCUGGUGUCACGUAUACCGCAUCGGUCGGCGUCGGCAGCCCUGCUGUGCAGUACACCCUCCUUAUCGACACCGGGAGCUCGAACACUUGGGUCGGUGCGGACAAGAAGUACUCUCCGUCUAGCACCGCCAAGAGCACGGGAGCGAAAGUGAACGUGAGCUACGGCUCUGGCUCCUUCUCCGGCACCGAGUAUACCGAUCAAGUGGGCCUCUCGAGCGCGCUCGUGAUAAAGAAACAGAGCAUCGGCGUCGCUUCCAGCGCACAAGGCUUCGACGGCGUCGAUGGCAUCCUCGGCAUCGGCCCAGUUGAUCUCACGCAGGGCACCGUCUCGAGCGGCGAGGCCGUCCCAACCGUGACCGACAACCUGUACUCGCAGGGCACGAUCGCCGUCGAGUCCAUCGGCAUCUUCUACGAGCCGACCACGACCGCGGACGGCGAGCUCAACGGCGAGCUCACCUUCGGCGCGGUCGACCAGAGCAAGAUCACGGGCGACGUGAACUACGUGCCGAUCACGAGCACGCAGCCCGCGGGUGGGUACUGGGGCAUCGAACAGGACGUCACGUACGGCAGCAGCAGCAGCAGCGCCAAGUCGAUCCUCAGCUCCACCAGCGGCAUCGUCGACACCGGCACCACCCUCGUGCUCAUCGCCACCGACGCCUUCAAGGCGUACGAGAAGGCCACCGGCGCCAAACUCGACCAGACCACGGGCCUGCUGACGCUCACGCAGUCCCAGUUCGCGAACCUCAAGUCGCUGUUCUUCAACAUCGGCGGGAUCUCGUACGAGCUCACGCCCAACGCGCAGAUCUGGCCGCGCGCGCUGAACAGCACGCUCGGCGGCGACGCCAGCAAGAUCUACCUGAUCGUGAGCGACCUCGGCAGCCCCAGCGGCCAGGGCCUCGACUUCAUCAACGGGUUCACGUUCCUGCAGCGCUUCUACAGCGUGUACGAUACCACCAACUCGCAGGUCGGGCUCGCGACCACGGAGUUCACCAACGCCGAGACGAACUGAGCGCGGCCCCUGCGCUGCGGCGCCGCCAAGACUCGGCGACGGGCGUGCGUGUUUGCGUGUUUGUGACGGUUCGAGACGGGGAUUGAGUGGCGGCGGUGACUGGGCUCGGACUGUUGUGAUGCAUGCACGAUAGAUACGGACUGUUUUGAGAUCGCUUUCGCUGUGUUAUACAUCGCUGUCUGUGCGUUUUGGAUAAUUACGACAGGCCGUUCGUGUGCUAGCUUUCGCGUUGGCAUCGCUUGAGUUUGGAUGUCAUCAUAUCACGUACCUACGAUGGGUGGGUUGUACAGGAGAUAAUGGCCAUAUAUGCGACGACGGAAA